AUGCAGGGGUUCAAGUUGCAGGCCCUCACGGUGGCCGCGUGGGCUGUCAGUGCUGCCUGCGCCAAGGGAUGCAAUAGCACUAGGGAGCUCGGAGCGAAACUUUCGCAGAACGCAAAGAUCUACUGUCCCAGUUCGGCGGAAUUCAAAGAGGCAUCAAUCCGGUGGUCGAACCUGGAUAUCCCCAAAGUCAAUGUCGUCGUGGUUCCCGGCACGGAGAAGGACGUCGUCGAGACGGUCAAAUAUGCCAACCGAAAGAACGUGCCCUUCCUGGCGUACAAUGGAGCGCACGGAGCUAUCACCACGCUGGGCAAGAUGGACCAUGGGAUCGAGAUCAAUCUGCACCAGCUGAACAGAGUCGAGGUUGCAAAAGAUGGCAAGACAGUUACUAUCGGCGGCGGAACCAAGUCCAAGGCUGUCACCGAUAAGCUUUGGGCAGCUGGCAAGCAGACAGGCAAGUCGCCCCUCAUUAUCACCGGAACCUGUGAAUGCGUCGGCUUCAUGGGACCGGCCCUGGGAGGGGGCCAUGGAUGGCUGCAGGGACACCAUGGAUUGGUCGCAGAUCAGUUCGUCUCCAUGAAUAUCGUUCUGGCCGAUGGCACCUUGAAGACCAUCGACGCAUCCUCCGAUCUCUGGUGGGCAAUCAACGGCGCAGGCCACAAUUUCGGCAUCGUCACCUCGGUCACCACCAAGAUUUACGACAUCGAGCACCGCGACUGGGCGAUCGAGACUCUCACCUUCGCCGGCGAUAAGGUUGAGGCCGUCUACCAAGCUGCCAACGACCAUCUCCUGAAGAAUGGCACCCAGCCCGAGGGACUCAUCAAUUGGUCCUACUGGAUGAACAACCCGGACGCGGACCCAAACAAUCCCGUCAUCGUCUUCUACAUCAUCCAGGAAGGCGUCAAAACCGUCGAUACGGCGUAUACCAAGCCGUUCCACGAUCUCGGACCGCUGUCCAUCGACCCCCAGUCCGGAAGCUACACUGAUCUGGCUGAAUGGACCGGGAUCGCCACCACCUCCCCCCCAUGCCAGAAGGCUGGACUCGUCAACCCCCGUUUCCCCAACUACCUUGAAGCGUACAACCCCGCCGCCCAGAAGAAGGCAUACAGCGUCUUCGCCGACGCCACCCGCGGAGACUCGGUCUUCAGCCGCUCACUCUUCAUGUUCGAGGGCUACUCCAUGGAGGGAGUCAAGGCCAUCGACAGCAAGUCGGCUGCGUUUGCCUUCCGCAGCGAGAACAUCCUCUCCGCACCCCUCAUCACCUACAAGCCUGCCGGUCCGGAACUCGACCAGAAGGCCGCCCAACUGGGCAACCAGCUGCGUCAGAUCCUGCUCGAGGCCAGUGGCCGCCCGGAGGUGCGCGCAUACGUCAACUAUGCCUAUGGAGACGAGACGCCUCGGGAGUGGUACGGCAGUGAGCAGUGGCGCCAGGACCGUCUCCAGGCGCUGAAGAAGAAGUACGACCCGCGGGGCAAGUUCAGCUUUUUCGCCCCAGUUGCCUAG